AUGGCUCGUGAAAAGGAACUCACUGAGCGCUUCAAGAAGAGAAGGGAGGCACAACCCCCAAGGACAGAAGCAGAGAAGCAAGCGGCUGCAAAGAAAGAAUACGACGAGCUCUUAAAUGCUAGAAGUGGUGGCAGAUAUGUCCCCCCGGCACGACUUAAAGAGCUCCAAAAAGAGAUCGGCAGCGACAAGAGCAGCAAGGAGUAUCAGCGUAUGGCUUGGGAAGCACUCAAGAAGUCCGUCAACGGCUUGGUGAAUAAAAUCAAUACGUCGAACAUAAAGCACAUUGUACCGGAGCUCUUUGCUGAGAACCUUGUCCGGGGAAAAGGUCUAUUUGCACGAAGUGUCAUGCGCGCUUCAGCAGCGAGUACACCUUUCAUUCCGAUCUACGCCUGUCUAGUAGCUAUCGUGAAUACGAAAUUACCUCAAGUGGGUGAGCUACUCCUUCAUCGACUUGUGUCACAGUUCAAGAAAGCGUUCAAGCGCAACGACAAGGCCGUGUGCCUUUCGUCCACCGCAUUCAUUGCGCACUUGUGCAACUUCAAUGUUGUGAGCGAGCUCUUACCAGCUCAAUGUUUACUCUUACUUCUCAACAAGCCGACGGACGACAGCGUAGAGAUCGCAGUGGGCUUAAUGAAAGAAGUUGGGGCGCAUCUAGAAGAAGCGAACAAGCCAAUAGCAACUGCUGUGUACGACCAAUUUCGAAAUCUACUCCACGAGGCCGACCUGGACAAGAGGCAACAGUACAGCAUUGAGGUACUUUUCCAGAUACGCAAAGAUCAAUAUAAAGACAACCCAGCUGUGCCAGAAUCGCUUGACAUCCUGCCAGAGGAGGACUUGAUCGAACACCGGGUAGGCUUAGAAGAUGAUUUGAACACUCAAGAUACCGCGAACAUUUUCCGCUAUGAUCCAGAGUAUGAAUUGAAUGAAGAAGCUUACGCAAAGCUAAAAGCUCAGAUUCUUGGCGAGGCAGAUGCUUCGGACGAUGAUGCAGAGUAUGAGUCAGGUUCCAGCGAGGACAGUGAGGAGGCUGUAAAGGAGCGAGAAAUGGAAAUCAAAGACCAGACUAAUCAGGAUCUUGUCAACCUGAGAAGGACAAUUUAUCUCACAAUAAUGUCAAGCUCUACAUUUGACGAAGCCACACACAAACUUUUGAAAAUCAACCUGCCGCCAGAGAAGGAAAGCGAGCUGGUCUCGAUGUUAGUUGAGGUGUGCUGCCAGGAGAAAACUUACUCCAAAUUUCACGGACUCAUUGGAGAGCGUCUCGCAAAGCUCAAUCGCUUAUGGACCGAAUUGUUCGAGCAAGCUUUUGCUGAGAAUUACGAGACGAUACACAGGCGGGAAACCGCACAAUUGCGGAAUAAUGCCAAAUUCUGGGGUCACAUGUUGUCGACCGACGCCAUCUCCUGGAAGAUUCUUCAGGUCGUAUCCCUGAGCGAGGAUGAUACCACCUCCUCCUCUCGUAUAUUUCUCAAGAUCCUUGUUCAAGACAUGACGGAACAACUUGGUAUGACUGAGGUUCAAAAGAGGUUCAAAGACGAUCUCAUGCGGUCUCAUUUUGAGGGCUUAUUCCCAACUGAUACCCCCCGCAAUACUCGCUUUGCAAUCAAUUAUUUCACCAGCAUUGGCAUGGGAGCGUUGACUGAGGAUAUGCGCGAGCAUUUGAAGAGUGCUCCACCACCCGCUGCAGUCAUGCCCGCCGCACUGGCUCGUCACGAUCGCGUUCAAGGUCCCGUUCCCGCUCUUUUGAUCGGCGUCAGCGUGACAGAAGCAUUUCUCCAGCUCAACGCAGACGACAGAGCUCGCCCAGCAGGUUGCGCACGCUCCCAAGAAGAGACUCGAGCAAGGGUAGACACCGCCGAUCAUACACCAGAUCAAUCACACCGCCCAGGAAGAGUGGAAGAGGGCGGGAGCGUUCCUUUACCCCAAGAAGUCCGAAUGGUCGAGGGCGAUCGUACUCUUCGUCUGGAUAUACUUCUCGGUCCCGAUCUCCACCAAGACGUCAGCGACAACGCAGUGCUUCGUACUCGUCUCGUAGCCGAAGCCCACCGCCAAGAUCAACUCGUGGACAACGCAGUCCUCCGCCUCCGCCUCUGGCUUCAAGGUCAGACCGCCCGCCUCGACGCUAAGUGA